UUCAGUAAACGAGUUUAAUUCGAGCUGUUCGUUUCAUAUUCCAAUAAUAAAGUAAGAAAUAAUACAGUAGUGUUAAAUCUGAGAGGAUCAGUAAAAUCUCAUUCGUCACGAUGGCUAGGAUGCAGAUUUGUCUUAUUACAUUUCUCCUUCCCUUGAUAUUGCAGACAUUGAAUUCCACAGCAUUGGAGGAAUGCCUUCGAAGUGACGACUUUGUAUGUGACAUUACCCAGGAGUGCAUCAGGAAAGCUAAUGUAUGUGACGGAGUUUACAACUGUCUUUAUGGUGACGAUGAGGCUCCUCCUGCAUGCACCAUGGAUGAAUGCCGUCGAAGGGGUGGGUUCUUUUGUAACCUUUCCUGGCAGUGCAUCCGCAAGGAGUGGGAAUGUGAUGGAAGUGCUGACUGUUUUUUAGGAGAAGACGAGGCUCCUCCUGCAUGCACCAUCGACAUAUGCAAUCAAACAGACCGAUUGAUUUGUACCGAAUCUAUGCGGUGCAUCGGCAAGAAUAGGGUAUGCGAUGGAUACAGAAACUGUCUUUAUGGUGAUGAUGAAUCUGCUUCUGCUUGCAGUCUCAAACAAAAGUGUGAAUCGAAGUGGUCCUUAAGCGAAGGCUGCUUUAGUAGAUGCAAACCUGGCUAUUUUGGCAAAUUUUGCGAGACAACUUGUUCAGAAAAUUGUUUGAAUGGAAUAUGUAAUAUACACAGUGGAAUUUGUAAGGACUGUACGUCUGGUAACUUUGGCGAGUAUUGUGAGAAAACUUGCUCAUUAGGAUGUUUGGAUGGGAUAUGUAAUAUAUCUAGUGGAUUUUGUAAUGACUGUACACCUGGUCAUUUCGGCAAGUACUCCGAGAAAACUUGUUCAAAAGAAUGUUUGAACGGAUUCUGUAAUUGCUCAAGUGGUAUUUGUAAGGAAUGUACACCUGGUCAUUAUGGCAAAUUUUGCGACAAAGCUUGUCCAGAAAAAUGUUCGAAAGGGAUAUGUAAUAUACAAAGUGGAAUAUGUAAGAACUGCACAGUUGGAAACUAUGGCAAAUAUUGCGAGAACAUUUGUUCCUUGGGAUGUUUAAACGGGAUAUGUAAUAUAUCAAGUGGAAUUUGUAAUGACUGUACACCUGGUUAUUUCGGCAAGUAUUGUGAGAAAACUUGUUCAAUAGGAUGUUUAAAUAGGAUAUGCAAUAUAUCAAGUGGAUUAUGUAAUGAAUGUACACCUGGUUAUUUCGGCAAGUUUUGUGAGAAAACUUGCUCAAUAGGAUGUUUGAAUGCAAUAUGUAAUAUAUCAGGUGGAUUUUGUAAUGACUGUACACCUGGUUAUUAUGGCAAAUAUUGUGAGAAAACAUGUUCAGAAGAAUGUCUGAAUGGGCUUUGUCAUAGAUCAAGUGGACGUUGUAAGGAUUGUACACGAACUUAUUUAGAAAAUUGUUCGCUAGAAUGUGGCCAAGGAUGUCGCAAAUCAGACGGUUUCCCUCAAUGUGAUAGACAAAAUGGCACAUGCUUGCAUGGGUGUUAUGUUAACUAUGGAAGGUAUUGCAACGAAACAUGUAGAAAUUGCAAAAGAAAUUCGUCAAAUGAACUGUGCAAUGCGAACGGUGUAUGUCUGUUUGGAUGUGAAAACGAAUAUUGGGACAAGAAGUGCAACUCUAAAUGCAGUGCAAACUGCCGUGGUGACGAACAUGGAAACCGCUGUAAUUCAUCCAACGGGGAAUGUAUAAAUGGCUGUUCACGUGGAUGGAGUGGUUUAUUCUGUGUGGAUGCGAGCAGUUUGCGAAUAACGACUAUUGAAUCGACCAAUAAAGAAAACGUCAACUCCUUUACGACAACUUUGAUAGUCAUAUCAGCAAUUUCCACUUUGGUUUUCGUUUUUGUCGGGAUUAGCUUCUACUCAUGGGCUCGUAAAAGGUUUAAUCGUCUGCUGAAUGAAAGUUUGGAACAACGCCGAGUAUUUUCAGGAUGCGUUCCACCAGAACCACAACUAUCCGGGUCUCAGACACGGCAAAGUACUAGCCUGUAUGCAGACAUUAACGAAGAAAACAUGGAACACCAUCAUAACAUCUAUGAGCUAAACUCUGCUGAUCGAUAUGAUGAAAUCAACGUCACGGAAUAUAACGGUGAUACCGGAAUUGUGCCUUCAAAUUCUGAAAACAGGCGAAAGCAAGCUGCUGGAAAUUGCGACGAGGAUGAAGAAAUAUUUGCUGAUUUAGGACAAUUUCAAGUUAAUUAUAUUCAUGCUAUUGCGAGGGAAGAAUGUGAACUGGUAAAAAAUGAAGUAGAACUUCAAAAUAUAGGACAGGCUAAAGAGUCUUCCAUAUUAAAAAGUCAAACAGAACUAGUCGACGAAAAACUUGUGUGUAGAUGGUAGAAAUUUUAAUGUUAUUGAACAGCCUACUCAAUCGCAAUUUGAAGCAAAAAAUGACGAUCAAUUUACACUAAAGGUACCUUGCGAACAAAAAAGUAAUGAAGUAUAAUUUUUUUAUCUCCUUUAAACAGGAUGCAGGAGUCAAGUUGGCAAUUCAUUUGAUAUAUUUUAGUUUAAUUUAGUUAUGUCCCAAAAAUGGGGAUAUUAGUAAAACGCAUUGUCUGUCGGUCAAUCCCGUCCGUCCUUUACAGAACAUGUCAGGGCCAUAAAUUAGAUAUUAUUAUUCAGAUUUUCGUUUAAACUUGAUUUAUAUAAAGCUGUGUCCUGCAUGACAUUCAGGGCGUUAGCUUAAAAGUUAUGGUUACACUUAUAUAUCAAUGUUGCAUGCUUGUCAUGUCAUAACAAUGAAUUUUGUAUAAAUAUUUCAUUUCAUAGAAUUUAAAAGUGUACUGGAAUAAUGUGUCAUAAAUCAUAUCUAUUAUUUUUUCAGUUCUAUAUCUAGGUUGUACUUAAAACUAGAUUGAGUCAAGUAGGGUUUCUACUGCAAUAUGCCCGGUUCUAUAUUUCCCAUUUAUGUAGGAUGGACGUUAAUCAAAUCUCAAUCCAGCACUUAAAAACGUAUACUUAUUAUAUUUAAAUGGCUGUCUGACAAGACUCUCUCACACAGACAUCUGUCACGUUCAUAUGCAUUUCUUCUUGGACAUUUAUUUCAUUCAUAUUUGAAGUAUUAAUGAUCUAUUACAGUUUGUAGUUGAAUGUUUUAUAUGUGACUGAUUGAAUGCCUAUACCAUUUUUACGUUAUUUUUCUUAUUGACGUAUAAACGCGUACUUAAAA